CGUUUGGCUCAGCGGGGAGGCAGUCAGUCGCGCGCGGGAGCGAGCGGGCUGCAGCAGGAGCAGGAGUAGCAGUAGCGCUAAGCGGGAGGCGGCGGGGCGAGAGCGAGCGAGCCCGAAGGGAGGGGGAGAGAGGAAGGGAGAAGCGGCCGCCGUCAGGGGAGGAAGCGGCCUGGCAGGCGAAGAAGCAGCAGCAGGAGGAGCGGGAGAAAGGAGCGAGGCAGAGAGGGAAGGAGGCGGGUGGGCGUCCGCCUGAGGGGCUACGUGAGGGCAGCCGGCGAGUGGGAGGGGCCUCCUCGCUGCGACUCUUCCGCUGCUCGUGUUGAGGAGGACCGACUCCCUCUCCUCCUUCCUCCUCCUCCUCCUCCCGCGUGUGGCCCACGGCGGGGAUGGCGGUGCUGGAUCUGGCCCUGGAGGGACUCGCCAUCUUCGGGCUCAUGCUCUUCCUGGUGCUGUGGCUCAUGCACUUCAUGUCCAUCAUCUACACGUAAGUGAGGCCUCCCUCCCCUGUCUCUCCUCCGUUUCCACAAACGGUGGGAAGGAAGGAAGGGGGGAAUUUGGGGUGGUGCCAAAAUAUUGAGGGGGGGGGGUCGCCCAGGUAAGUCCCGCCCUGCAUAAUCGAACACAAGGCCACACACCAUUUGAAUGGCAAUGGUCAUCCCCUUGUGUGUGGGGGGAGGAGGGCUCUCUGGCUCCUUCAGAUAUUUUAUUUGGGGGGUGGGCGAAGGUGGAAAUGUGCCCCCAGGCUCCUAUGGGGGGGGGAUUGAGGUUUCUGGAUCUCGGUGUGCUUGGCCCCCCUUCCCUCCUCCCUCUUCAGAAACCUCCAUGCAUUCUUCCUGCCUCUCUGGUUACAUAGCUGAGGCACCUGCUUCGCCCUGCCCUGCCCAGCCCAGCCCAUAAUACUGAUAAAGGCAUGAAUGUUGCCCUGUAACCGUAGGCGUGUCCCCUUGCUUUGCCAGUCUUUCGUGUUUUUGGCCAUCGCCGAAAGUCACCCGCUCCUUUCAUGUGGGUCCUGGGGUGCAGGGUCGGGGGAGGGCAACUUGAAUGAAAUGUUGGGGGGAGGUAAGCUGCGCCUGCAUAACUGAUGUGGCGCAUGCACACCUUUUGAACGACAACACCCAUCAACAAUUUUAUUGGGAGGUGGGCCAAAAGGACCUUGGGGCCCUAGGAGUUGGGUCCUAUGGCUGUCCCCCUAAAGUGCCACAUACCUCAAGCCGGCUUUCUCUUCCCACCUUCACACGCAUGCUCUGCACACACCAGUGAACCUCGCUUGUGCUCAGUGUAUCUGUAGUUGCGCUGUCCCUUUGAAUUAACAUAGCCUGUGCUAAGCAAGAGCAGAGGAACAAGUGGAGUGCCAGCUACAGAGUUGAUGGUGAUAGUCAUAAUCAUAGUCCGUUUCAAUUCGUCUUGUUUGCCAGCUCAGCUCCUUACUGUAUCGCAAUGUUAUUUGAACCUGUUCCUUAUGGCGUCUGUCCAGAUGGCCACCUAUACAGUUGCCUUUAUUGCAGUGUAGGUGGUCUAUGCAUGUGAAUUUCAUAACGAACAUUUUUAUGAUACUGUGCUCUGUUGUUGUUCACCUGUCUUACCUAUUUAGAGGCAAUGGCUAUGGAGCAACCAUGGCAGACUCAACCAUGGCAGAUCAGUGCUCAACUGCAAGCCUACCUCUUAACUCCCAUUUCCCAAUACUUAUGCUGUUCAGUAGAAUUUUAUGUUGUCAUUGUAUCGGUAGCCUGUCUUUCCUCCUAGAUGCUCAAGGCAGUGCCUGUAUUCAUCCCCCAUUGCAGUAAAGGCUGUAGCUGACAACUUGUUUCUGGUUUCCUUGUUAGUGCUAAUAUUGCAGGCAUGUGUGUGUUCUUCACUCUUCAUUAUAGUCAUAUAAUGCUCUUAAUGUUCACUGCAACCUUGCAUGGAUUCAUUGUGCAUACAUACGUUUAAGGGUAUUCUGUGAAGACAGGUGUUCAUUGUCCUUCUAUGCUUACUUCAGCUUGCACAAGCAAAGUGUGAAAUAGAACAAAUGAUUUCAAAGUAGGACAUGUUCUGCUUCUCAGUGAGGAGCCAAAAAGAUGUGACAGUGCAAUGUUAUAUACCGGUACAUUACACCUUUUUUUGGCUUAUCACAGAAGAGAUUGCUACUCAUAGCUAUGUUUCAGUGGAGAUGUAAGCAAAUGUUGGAAUAUUGAUACAUUAUGGAAUUAAUUUUGUAUUGAGAGAAAAAGUGGCUAGAAUAUUUUAUGAGGUAAAAUAUGUUUUGUUCUUGAGAAACUGAUUUGGUGGUGUGUUUGAGGAAGAAAAUAGCAUAUAGGAAAAAAGAUUGAGAGAUUACUAUUUGUUAGUGUUGAUUCUUACUUGAAUGAAGCACUGGAUUACUCAUGCCUGCUACUAAUUAUUACAGAUGGAUUCCUGACUUACACAUGAUGUAUUGAAAUGAAUCCAGUGUCACUAAAGUUCUCUUGUUUGACCUUUUUGGGGACUCUUGUUGAAAAAUUAUAUGGCUGUAUGUGUGUGUUUACAAGACUGAAGUAGUAAUGAUUUGAUAAUAAAGCAAUAAUUAGUUUGGAACUGUAAGCCUAUUUAUGAGCCUUAAUACUGUGAUUGUGACAGAUCUCUCUGGUUUUCCCAGGAAGCCUCCAGAUGUAAAUGCAAUACACCACACUCCUCUGUACUCUGUCAUAAACUUUAGCAUAAGGAGUGUCAUCCUUCUUGUGCAACAGAAUUCUGCCGGUGCAAUAAAAUUUCUUCUUCUGCAGCCUCCUGUGCCUCCCAAAUUUGUUUUGCAGGGUUAGGGAGGCUGCCGGAGGUGAAGGGGGGGGGGAUGUCUUGUUGCAUCCUAUGGUGUGUUGUUGGCUAUUGCCUUAAAAGUGCUGCCAAAGCUUUCUCUCUUUUUUCCCUUUUGGUUUGCUAAAAACUGCUGUGAAAGGCAAUAGGACUUAAGCUGCAAAAUUACAACAGGGUGCCAUUAAACAGAUCUGCUAAUUAUGAACUUUUUUUGGUGUGGUGUUCAUAGGAAGGAAAUGUUCCUUUUCAUUUGGUGUGUAUGGCACACUAAUAAAAGUUAAUGCACUGUGAACAAAAAUAUCCAUCAUCAUCAAACAUCUUGGAUGACUCUAAUUAUCAUGCAGUGUAUAUAUGAGUACAGCUGCAGAAAGCAGUUGAGGAAUUGCCAUACAAACAACUAUGCCAGUGGGGUUGUUACUCCCUCUUUAGCAUGCUUGAAAUUUCCUUGAGCAGCAUGCAUAUAGCAACCUAUGCAUGGUGGUUAUAUGAGGGCAGGUAGCUGCUAGCAUACUAGGUUUGUGUAAUGCACAAAAAUAAACUUGUGCAUGAAAAUGCAUAUGUCCCUGUAUGUCUGAGUAUUAGUACUGACCUUUUACUGUUAAAUGAUUUGCUUUCAAGGAUUAUUAGUUCUAAAGUCCUGUCAGUGAUUUCUUCAGCAGUUUAUCAAUCAGUUUGAAAGUUAAAAACAAAUCUGCUACUGCUUUUGCUGAAUUUUCUUUAAGUCUACAAGGAAGAAACAUAUGCACAAUGUUUCCAGAAAUAAUGGUUGUUGCAAUAAUACAGCCAAGUACUGUAGCAAAAACUGUAUCUUAUUUGAACACCUUUAAGAUAAUUUGUAGCAUAGCACUCUCAUACUAUAAUAGCUAAUGGUUCUAUUAUAAAAUGGAUAAAUUUGUUGUUCAGGUGUAGGACAAUGGCCUAAAAUGGGUAUGUAAUGCUCAGGGAAUAAAAAUAUUGGCUUCUAAUACUUGUUUUAAAUGCUUUUCACAUAUUAAGUUAUAUAGUGGGUCUGUUCGAAAUUGUGACUCUUUCUAUACUGUAUGUAUUUAGAUGUAUUAUCUACCCUUUUGAUCCUGCAUUUUCUAAAUAUCACCCCAUUUUGGAAUCCUUUUAAUUUGAUAUUAAUAGUGCAUGGAUUGUGUUGUCAUUAAACAGCAUAGCGGUAAUCGGGAGACCAUGCUUGCAGACAUCAUAAACACAGCCCUAUAAGCUGCAUUUAAAACCACCAUCAUACAGUUUUGUGCACUUUAAGCUACAAGAUGUGUGCAAGUAAAAAUGGGGUUGUCUUUAUACAGAAUUCCUUCCAUGUAACACUAUGAUUCACUGAUAACGGAUUGGGGAAGUGCUUGAAUUAAAACAAAAUAUGGGACAGGGAUACAGUACUAAAAAGACAAUUGAAUACUAGAACACUCAUCUGUAGUCCCUCUGUAGGAAUGGGUACACUCCUUUGCUCUGGGUCUCUACAUGCAUGCUGAUCAGAAGCGCUUGCAGUACUGAUCUGUUUGGGAUAUGAGGAGCAUCCCACUUAUCCCCCUUCAUUGAUGUCAGAGCUGACUAUACAUUGGGGUGAUAGUAGCUCUAGUUCCAAAUGAGCACACCCACCUUUAAAAAAUAAUAGUGAAAAGUGGCUAGUAGUGAUUACUGUCUACAGCAGAAUAGUGUUAAGGGGAAGGUGGUUUACUUAAUCCUUUCUCUUAAGGCCAUUUAAAUGCUCAGUAUUAUCCCUCAGUUGCUUUUCCCUGUAGAAGAAAGAUAACAGAUCUUAGUGUAUUUUGCCCUGUGGGGACUGGAGAUAAACAGCUUGAAAGGCAUGCAAUUUAUGCAGGGGGAAAAAUCACCUGGAGAGAAAGAGCCCCUAGCCCAAAGGUACUCUGUUCAGGAUUGUAUUCUCCUGCAUCAGCUUCUCAUUUAAGAAAAGUGGAGGGUUUAUGCUUCACUAUAUGUAUUUGGACAAAAAGCAUUUGGAUUGCUCUUGCAGUUUUCUUUUACAGUUAAUAUUUCUCUAGCAUUAUGAGGUAAUUACUGAUGGCAAAUAAGUGGAUGCUGAUAUAAAUCUAGGAGGAAAUCCGAAUAAAAAUGGUAACUCUUCUAGCAUUAAUAAUGCUUGAGAAUAGUUUUUAAGGAAGAAUAGAUUUUUUAAAAACCCAGAAUGGUACUUAUAUUAAUUUAUCAGACUCAAAAGGCUGUUAAUACAGACAGGAGAUGCUUCUGAAUAGUAAAGCUCUUGAAACAUUAAAUGAAUGUCUAAUGUAUUGUAAGAAAGGAAAAUGUGCUUCCCUACAUAAAAUACGUUGACUUCUGUAAUAUACUGCAACAUCACUAGUUUCAUAAAACAACUAUAUUUCUGAGCAUAACAUCUUGCUAAGGUGGGACUUGUGAACAGCCCUCUGAUUUUUUUCUAUAGCAAAUACCCCCCCCCCCCAUAAAGGUAUUUAUGUUCAGUCUAGAGGCUUAAAAGGGGGGAUGGGAAUGGAGUGAAUGGAAGUGAAUGAAUAACGUAGCAGAGUUUGGUUGCCUACCUUGCAGUGCUGGGUGCCUUACUGCUAUCCUUUGAGCCGAUCUGUUCCUCUGUAGCAGCAUGUGUUGCUGCUAAUAAAAGUUACAUUUAUUGCACACAUACUAUGCAAGGAGCUUUAUUUGGUGUAGAGAAAGUAGAAGGUGGAUAGAGUCUCAGAAUAGCAUCCUAAGGGCUGAGAGGAGCAGUCCUGCCCAUCACCCUAAAAAGUAUUGAACAGUUUUGGCCACCAGUGAUAAACUCUCCUUGAGCAGAAUUCUUACUUGUGUUGAGUAAGCAGUAUUGUAGGCUUGCAAAUAACUGCCUAGUCCUCUGAUCAGCAUUAGAAAUUAGCCAGGUGUGCUUUGUGACUAGUGUGGGUCCAGUUGCGACCAUAUGGAGAUCUCUGGAUGCCAGGUUGGUAACUGACAUCUCCAUCUGGCUGGCCUCUCCAGCUUUCUUAAGCAGGUAAGCAGAAGAGCUUAUUUAUUGCAUUUAUAGCCCACCUUUUUCUCCAAUGAGUACAUGGUUCACCCCUCCCCCUCUGCAGUUAAUCCCUACAACAACUCUGUGAGAUUGAGGCUGAUCUUCCAGGUCCUAGCCUGACACGCUAACCACUCUCCCACAAUGGCUUCCUAGGGUACUUUUGCUAUGGGGCAGCUAUAUAAAUUAAGCAGGUAAAUAAAUAUUGAGAAAGCAAAAUGUCCCUUGGAGAAGGAUCUGAAAUACUUUUCUUGAAGCUUGAAUUUGUUUUAUUCUGGGUUGCUUUAUUUGGUGUUUUAAUGUGUUGUAAACCAAUUUGAGAUUUUUUUCUUUAGAAUAUAAAGCAGUAUAGAAACGAAAUGAAUAACAAUAAAAAUAAAAGGUGCCUAGACAUUUCAUUGUGACAACCACAAACUCUGUUUAGGGUGCCAUUUGGUGAUUAGCUUAUAUAUCUAGUUUCUAAUACUGCUUCUGAGGCUUCUGAUAAUUUUCUCUAGGUGGCCAAGUGGGAUAGCUCUUGUGCAGUCCCAGCCCCCUUGUAGAAAUGGGGGAACUGCCUGGAGGAUAGUCUUAGUCCUAUUUUACACAGAUAUAUCUUCUGGAUUAGGUAGAUGAGAAUGUUUCCCUUCUUGCAAGUGUGAGAGAAAUAACUAAGUGAGUUUUCUUUAGAGUCUCUCCUGAAGAUUGCAUAAAGGGCUUGCUCCCUCUGUCUAUUCUGGGCUGUGGAAGAUGGGGAUGUUCUUACAUGGUUCCUCCAGAAUGGAGCUCCAUUUUAAGUAGAAUUCUGCAUACAAUAUGCCAACUGGCAGGACUGUCUUCCUUUUCCAUCCCUGCAAUAGGAACAGAAAGAGGAUGCAAUUUCUGCCAGACCCACUUGUUCACCCAGUCAGACAGACACAGAGGAGCUGGCUGCUUUAUUUCUUUCUGCCUCUCACCUGCUGCUAGAGUGAAAGAGACAAAAAGGCCUGGAUGGCUAUAUUUUGCUUUCUGUCUCUUUCCCUGGUAGUAAGAAUAGAAGGUUGUACACACUCUCUAUAGCAGGAUUAUGCACUUCUGGCAUUUCCAUUCCUUCCUGACUUCCCGUGUCUUCUAGGAUGCUGUGGCAUAAGAGCGCAGCAAAUUUUCAGGUUUUAUUGUACAGUUUCUAUUUCCUUCUGAGACGGGAUUAUGGUUCUAGUUAUUUCUGUUUUUCUGCUGCUGAGCUAAUGGAAGUUUUGGAGUUUAUUUACACCCAUAAAAGAGCAUCAGGGAAAGGUUGAACACUCUUGCUCAGCACUAUUGCUCCAGUCAAAUUCAUAAUCUUGUGGCUGCUUUCAAAGUUGUUUCUAAAUGCAAAAUUAGAUAGCUGAUUUUGCUCCCACAGAUUGAGCAGUUUGGCUUUUAGUUCUCUCCUAGUGCAUUUUGGUGUUUUCCUUUUAAUGUCAUUGUAUAGUUUUUACUGUCUGCAAAUCUAUCCAAGAUUAGGUGUUUUUUAAUUUUUUAAAAAGAUAAUCUUAGAUAUUUCACUUCAUUUUCUAACUUUUACUCUGCAAGUCUGGCAAGCAUACAUUUAAUUAAUUCAACAAGUUAUUGGCAAGGAUACUGAAUACCAUUGAAUCCUUAAUAUUCCCGCAUUCAUCUUUCCCAGUUUGUUGUGUAUUACAUUCUGUACUUCCAUCUUCAUGUAAUUACAGAGGUCAGCUCUGUAAUUUCUCAAGCUUGCUUAUGAGACUGAUAUCUGGAACUGAAAUAAAAAAAACUUACUGGGAUCUGUGCACAUUGUAGGAGCUGAAUUGCAUAAUGGACCAAUUAUUUUUCCAAGUAAGGUAAAUGGGCUAGUCUGCCACAUCGUAUUGAUUACUAGUAUUCAGUUUCAUCCAGUGUUUGAAUAUUAAUAUUUCCCUGGUAUCUUCUAAAGUAAAAUAAAAUUACUAAGUCUGUAAUUUUUGGCUUUUCUCUUUUUAAAACCCUUUCCCUGAGACCCUUUAAGGUAUCAUAUAUACAUAAUAGUGAUUCCAAUUUAAAUGAAUUCAUAUUUUCCUGAUGCAAAUGUCCUUAUCAUUUCAUGAUCAUCUGCUUCUCUCUUAGUGUUCUUUUGUAAAGGAUGAACCAAAGUAGGUGAGCGUCCACUGUUCAUUCUUUUCAGCAUUUCAGCUCCCUACAGUUCACCUAACCAUCCAGUUUAUUCUCUAGUCUCUUCCUUUGUUUCUAGCAUAUUUCUAAACACUUUAAACACAUAUUUUUAAACACUAUUUUUAAACUUUGGCCUUUGGGUAGUGUAAUACUUUUUGGGAAGAUAUUUUCCCACUAGAUAAAUCCCAGUAUUGUACCAUUCUUUCCACAUUCUGUAACAUUUUCUCUCUCUUGAGAUAAUUAAAAAGAUUUCAGUCCUAACUGCAUUAGUUUUAUGCUGUAAUUUUCCAUGUGGGUAUAAUUUAGCAUGUGCAGCUUCAAAUAUAGAUUUAUUCAAAACCUGGCAGACCUUUUGGAAACAACUUAUACAAUAACAAUAUAAUUUAUAUAGUGCUUUCAGACGUUCAGAAUAGCUUCACACGCAUUACUAAAAUCCCAUAAGAUACAUUACUGUUACUAUCCCCCAUGCUGCAAAUCGGGAGAGGAGGUUGAGAAUAGUGGCUUGCCUAAGCUCCCUAGUGAUUUCACUAGGGACUUCCUCAUUUGCAUGCACCAGCUCUAUGGAAAAUUAUUAUAAUGAAGAUGAGCUUGUUUUCUACAGAAAUCCGCUGCUUAGGAAGUUUUUUAAAAUGGAAUUUUGCUUGCAUAUUUCACACACAUAUACCCUAAGUAUGAUCUACUUACCAGAAUAUCAAGAAGCAGCAUAGGGGCUUUAGAACAAUAUUUUGGAGUUUGCAAAGCUCUGUAAUACCAUCCUAGGCUAUCCUAGGUGUUAUGCAAGUGUAAAAAAUGCAGGGGGCUCAGUUUGGCUAUCCGGCUGACAGUGUGUUGAGAUUCCAGAUUCUAUUAUUCUACCACUUGUCAUGUUUUAUAUCUAUGCCAUUCCUUUUAUAUCUUAUUUAUGCACCAAAAUUGCAUGAAAUAGCUGUUGUCUUUAAACACCAACUGGAGAGUUGCAUUAGAUCACAUCAAGGGCUAACAUGACCCCAUAGGCACUUCUUCCCUUUUUGGAAUGCUGUGUCCUCAGGUGUAACACAAAUUGUUUCUAAAACUCUCCUGGGUUCUUUUGACUCUCUUUUCCGAUAUAGGUGCGGUUAAGAAAAGUGCACCUGUGUACACUUGUUUCUGUUUUGCUAUUUAAAAAUAUCUGGCAGCUUUGAGUACACAGUGAGGAUCCAUGGGAAAACAGCAUUGGUUAAGGGAGAAAUUGCCCUUGGACAAAAUUCACCUUUGAUCAAUGCUAUCCACCUCACCUGUUGGUUAAAGGGGCGCGCCCUGCGGUAGUUUACAGAUUAUGAUGGACUGAUCCUCUAUGGCAAAACUUUAUCUCCAAUAAUGCUCUUAACCUUUGAAGGGGAUUGGUCCUUUACAGUUUAGAAAGCUUUGGGGAGCAUUCGACAGGUGUCUUAAAAGAUAAUCCCUUUUCAGCUAAGCCUAAAAUGUUUGCUUCCCUUUGUCCUCACUCCCAGUCCAGGCUGACUGUAGGGUGGAAAAAAUGCCAGUUUUCUGAAAAAUGCAAAGUUUGUGCUUUACUAUUGAAUCACAGCCCUUCCCCUAUGAUUUAAUGGGCCUUACCUCUGAAUAGAAUUAAACAUUGGUUUUGGUGUCCUCCCUUUAAUGUUUCGUAUGGAAUUACAUUUGAUUGGGGUGGUUGUUGCUGUUCUAAUUAUAUUGUACUUUUAUAAACUGUAACCUGCCCUGGGAUUUUUCUGGUGAGGGGGGUGGCCAAGAAAUAUUGUUACUACUAAUAAGCAUUUGUCCCUCAUGCAAAGGUUCUUAGUCAAGCUAUAGAGCAUGGGUGGGGAGUUUGUGGUCCUCCAGAUGCUACUGAAUCAUAACUCUUAUCGUCCCUGACAUUUGGUCACAGUGGCUUAGACUGAUGGGAAAUGGGGUUAAUAUAAUCUGGAAGGCUAUAGAUUUCCCACCCCAAUAUAGAACAUUUUUUGGUUCCACCUCUCCUUGUUACUCAAGAGGUUACUUAUGGGAAUGGGUCACUGACUCUUCCAGCUGACCCUUAGGUAAAGUUAGUUGGAAACAGGGUUAUUUUUUUAAUUAAAAAAUCCUUUCAAAAUAUAGGUCUUUUUUGUAUGUACUGUCAUCCAGACAGGGUUUGCUUUAAGUCUGUGUGGGUGAAAAGAUGUGAUAGUCACCUCCUUUGUACACUUUGCAACAUCAUCUUAAUACACAGGAUUUCAGUUUAGUCAUGCAAAACCAAAGUUGCUAGCAAGAAAAAUAAGCUGGACUAAAAUUGUUUAUAUCUCUGUAGUGGGUGAAAUAUGGUGCAAGUGAGAUGAGAUAAUAAAUGCCUUCUCCAUCUGCUCAGUGCAUCUUGUUAAAUCAUUAACAGUAACAUAAAAAGCAAUCACAAACAUAAUGCUUAAAAUUAAACAUCAUGAACCAUACAAAUCUUGGAAAAGCUGGCCAGCUAAGUCUUGCAUAUCUUUCAGUGAGAAAAGUGCAUCCCUGCACUUUAUCUUGGAGCCCAUCUCAAAUCCAAAGCCUAUCGCAGAAAAGGCCCUGAUAUUGUUUGCUAAAAUAAUUUUAAUUGUGGGCUGACCUGCUUAUCAUAAAGGUGUGCACACACUCACAAAGUCACUUGACUUUGGACUGUGGUUAUCACAAUAUGCAGAAUGAUGGCAAGUACUUGGGUGUCUCCUUAAGCUGUUCUGAAUAUACCAUAAUAGGGUAUAGGGUGGUGACUUGAACAUUCCUUUAUUUGUGAGUCUUUCAGUGCAAUCCAAACACAAGAUCUGCCAGGAUGAGUGAGUUUGUAUUUGGGUCUUGGUCUUGCCUGGCUAAACUGGGACUAAGAUAGCAUAAAUCCCUCAACUUAGCUCAUUCAAUGGAAUUGAGCACUGGCAGAACAUGGCCUUAAUUCUUGAAAGGGCAUUCUCUGGGUAGGGCCAGGAGCGACUUGCACCUGCUUUUAAACCCUUUCAGCUCUGUGAUGUGACUUAGCAACGCAGUGGAACUUACCCAACACUAAUGGUGGUAUAUUUCAAAUUCCUCCUGAACAGAGUUUGGAACAGCAGUAACUAAGUGCUGCUUUCUGUAGUUAGGUUUGGUCUGUUGGUCACUCACCCCCAAUGCAAUGGCAUGUUUAGUAUGGACACAAGGGAAGAAUUGCCCUAUUAACUUUUGUGUUGAGGAGUCCUUCUGCAUGCAUCACGUAAUGGAAAAUUGUCUUCGUCAGAACAUGGCUGAACUGCUGAUGUUUGGAAAUUUAGAUGAUGCUUAAAGUGCAGAAUCUCGAGGUUACAAACCAUGAAUGGUUUUCAUAUAGGUUUUACUCAGAGUAGGCCUGUUGGAAUUAGUGGACACAGCUUGGCCAUGUACAUUCAUUUUAGUGAAUCUGCUCGAAGUAAACUUGGUUGAAAUACUGCCCUCUUUGCAUGGAUAAUAUGGUUGUGCAAACAAUGUGCCAAUCCUUAGAGAAAUAUGAGAUGUUCUGUUGUUAGAACAGCCUGUCUAAACAAAACUUCGUUAGUAGCUAUGCUUCUAUUAGUGUUUUGUGUGGAACUGCUGCACCUCAUGUUUAUUAGGCAUCCACAUUACAUCAUCCAAGUAUUAGCCAGUCUUCCUGUGCUUUCUCUCAGUUUCUUCCAUCAUUUCUCAUAGUGUACAAUCUGACUUAUUUGGAGAAUUGGAACAGUAAUGCAAACUCCAUAGGUGUAAGUGAUUUUUAUUGCUAUUUUCUGCCUCACCAUAAGGUGUGCUUUCCAUUUAUAUAAUGUAUCAGGAAGGUGAACCUCUAGCACCUUAACAUGCCUGCACUCUAAACUUCGUGAUGGGCCAUUUGAGCACCAUAUUUAUUUUCAAUCUAAAAAUAAUUUCUUUAUGGUCAGCUGACCACAAAUAAAAUAAAGUUGUAAUGCGGCAGCGGGGGGGGGGGGGAUCAAAAGGCAAAAUCAAAAGGGAAUAUUUGAUUAUCCAAGUGAAAUAGCUGCAUUUAGGAAUUUUGCAACUUGCCCUUUGAUUGAAGAGUCCUCCAGUACAGUAUAAGAAAAGAUAAACAGAUUCUUCAGUAUAAACUGCGUUUAAAAAGAUGUACACAUAACUGACACACAACAAAGUGGCAGUUAAAUUUCAGGCUGGCAGUUGGAAAGAAUGGUAGAUAGAGUCAGAUAAAAUGAUUAUUUUUCGUAACUGAUAUUGUGAAUGAUGACAGUGAACUUGCGUCAAGAACAAAUAAAGUGGAUUCUAAAGCAGCAUAUCUACUUUUGGGCCACCCUGUAUUUAGGAGUAGAUAGUCAGUUUAAAUAAGGCACUCCAUUCAUAGAAUUAAUACAUGGCAAACCUAGUAAUGAGGGAGUUUUAGUUAAUUCUAAAACUCCUUUCUGGCAUUAAUCUGUCUCCUGGCCCUUGCAGUAGACCUUGAGGAAAAGUAUGUUAAUGUGUUUGAGAUUGGCAAAAGGGACAAAUGCUUCAUUUCUUGUCACCAAUAUUUUAGCAACUUUUUUUUUCUUAAUUAAACACUUCUGAUCUACAAUUCCACUCCAAAACGUAUUGAGCACAUUGAAUAAAUGACCAGCCACUUAAUGCUGACUUAAAUGGACAUGGAUGUGGCUCCUCUUUUCCUCUUGGAUAGCCUUGUGGAAAGAGACACUCCUGGCAGGGAUGUUGCUACAAAGGGUGCAUGAAAGAGGGUUGAUAUUCCAACCACUGUAUGGAAGGUUUUUAAAUGCUGGGCUUGCUGGGUUUUGUGAUUUGUGAUGGAAGCUUUAUGAAACUUGGUUCUUUUCUUUUAGAGCAUACAAAUCCUUUAAGGCAGAAAUAUGUGGGAGGACUGCUAAAAAUGUUUGUAACCUAAGCUUAUUUGUGAACCUACUUGCAAGUCUACUAAUUAAGCUCCAUCAACUCUCUGCAUCCCAAAUUGCUGGAACAGUUUUGCCUCAAAUUUACUUAUUUAAAGGCAUUUCUAAACCACUUAUUUAAAAAUCUGUAAGUGGUAUUCAAAAAUAACGUAAUAUAAAAUAUCAUAAAAACCAUAAAACAUUAUCAGAAAGAUCAUAACAUACUUUUAAAAACAGACCAUCUCAUGAAUCUGGCACAGAAUUACCUUCUUUUGACUAUGAGGGGGAAAAUGGUACUCAUAUCUCAGUUUCAGAUUCUGUUUUCCACAUUUCAGCUGUUCUAAAAACCAAAAUACAUUAAUAAAUGUGUACAUUAUUGUGAUAAAGCCAUUUUUUUAGAUGAGUUUCUAUAAGCAGCUGGAAAAUAUUAUUGGAAAGCUGACUUGGCUGUAGAAAUAACUUCAGGGAGAGUGUGUAAAAGGGGUGGGGGUAAAUUAAUGGUUGGGUUUGCGGGUCCUUUCAUAGUUAACCUUCUGCUACAUUAUAAGGAAACCUCAACAGUUAUUUUGCAGUAUAAACUCUACAGACAUCUAAUUUAUGGCAACUCCCCAAAUGUUUUUGUGCUCUGUUCUAGAAAGUUACCAGCCUCUGUGCAUGCAACUUAAAAACACAGGACUUACAAACAUCUCCUUUUUUUAGUGUGAGCCUGUUUAAAGUACAGUAUAGAUAUGGAUUAAUAACUCAUGAUUAGUAUAAUCACUAGGAUGAUUUUGCACCAAACUAGAUGCGACAUAAAAUGCCACUUGGCAUUUUAUGUGCAUUUUUUUUAUAAAAAAACACCCUGUCAGCUGGAGAUGGCUGAUAAUUAAUUAUCAGAGCAGGUGUGGAGAGGAAAUUUAACACUUUUCUUCAAUGCUUAAAGACUUGAGGGAAAACCCUUUUCUGUAACCAAUAGAAAAUAUUUUUGGGGAAAUUUGUCACUGUAUAGAGAGGAAAUAUCUAUUGCUGUAAAAAACUCAGAGGAGGGAUUCAACAUUAGCAAGCUAAUUGGUUUAAAAUUCUUACCUCCUUGGACAACAACUGUGAUCUGCAAAACACAUUUCUUACUUCUGCAAACAGUUCCUGUUUCAGCUGUUGGGAAUGAAGAGCAAUGGUCCCAUAGCGCUGAUUGACUCUAUAGCUUGGUGGGCACUGAAAAAAGAGAGAUCUCGACUGGUCCUGUGCAUCCAUUCUGCCCUUUGGGGUCCUAGUCAGAUAAGUGCAGUCAGGUGUGUGUGCUGUACAUAAACUUGUAGAAUUGUUGGAUGUGGUGUUUCCCUUGCGUCCUAACCUGCUAUUUAGAGCACACCAGCAUGCAGAAAGCUAUUUAUGCAGUCUCCACUACAGAAACUUAACUGUAAUUAGCCUUAUAUCAAACUGUAAAUGAACAGCAAAAUACGAAUGUUUAAAUAACCAGUGUUCCUAACCAGCAUUUUUCUUUUUUUAGGCACUUACACCUAAACAAGAAAGCGACAGACAAACAGCCAUAUAGCAAGCUUCCUGGUGUUUCACUUCUGAAGCCUUUAAAGGGUGUUGAUCCAAACCUUAUCAACAACUUGGAAACCUUCUUUGAACUGGAUUAUCCCAAAGUACGUAUCAACAGUCUUCUUUUUUUAAAAGCUAUCCUCUUGGUCUUCUCUCUUGCCUAAUGGAAUAUUAAAAUGCAUAAUACUUCAAAGCAGCCUUCUCCAACCUGGUGCCCUCCAAUGGUUGUUGGUCUCCAGCUCCCAUCAGCCCCAACCAGUGUGGCCAAUGGGCUGGGCUGGUGCAAACUGUAGUCCAGCAACAUCUAGAGGGCACCACACUAGGUAGAGAUGGCUGCUUCAGAGAUUGUGUGUGUCUGUGUGUCCUGUAACCCUUGCGGAUUACUGUCAGAAGUUUUGCAUCUGUAAUGAUAACCAAAAUAGGUUGUAGCACGCAUCUAAUUCCAUACCAAGUACAGAAUACUGUGUUUCUCAGAAAGAUCUUUUGCAGAAGCACUAGGAAUAGAGUUUUUGCCAGCCCAGCUCCAGUUCAUUUCAGUGGGUCUGGCAAAAGUGAUCAGUGAAUUUUAAUGACUUUAUGCACCAGUAAUCCAUGUUUUACUUUUAUUUGUUCUUGAUAAGAUAGCUAAUGUUGUAGAUGUAUUAUGUAAGCUCACAGAUGUUGACAGCGUCUUCCCAGAACUUGUGAUUUGAGUACGGGGUCAGUUGUUUUCCCUUACUACAUAAAACUUGUUCAGACCUGCCUACUAUAUGCUUUGAACUGUAAUUUGCUGGCCAAGUGCUCUUACUCACAUCUGUCUUAGCGGAUACUGACCUAUAUGAACUGAAGGAAUUCCCCUGGAUGAGCUAAGCACUGUAGCAUAUAAAGUUACAAUGUGCUACCCGGAAUCUUGGCAAUAUCUGACAAUCCCUCAGUUCUUUUUCUGGGAUACAGUUUCUUGUAAUUUUAUUUUUCUUGGUUUUCUCUAGUGCUUAAAAUUGCGGUAGCAGUGAUUGGCUUGUUUCCUAAGAGAAGGGGGAAAGUCCUAAUAUCACGAAGAGCUAAUUUGAAUAAGUGCAGUAUGAGAAGAGCCAUACUUUAUUUCUUUUUAGAUAUUGUAUUAUAUUUGGCCCAGAUUCUAAACUUUUAUUUACUGCAGCUUUGUAUAACAUCACAAGUUUCAUAGAAUUGUAGAUAACCCCAGGGGUCAUCUACUCCAGCCCCCUGCAAUGUAAGAAAAUCAACAUUCUUAGAACAACAUUAUUCAGGGUUGUUGUUUUUUAAAUGGAAAUAUUUAUAUAAUGCCCUCUAUAUAAAAAACAUUUAAAAGAACACUAAAAGCAAUGGAAAACAAUAAUUAAAACGAUUGGCUACUCAAAACAGCUAUAUUUGCCUGUUAGCAUAAAGUCUUCUAGCUUGAAAGUCAAAUGCACGGUUUCUCCUAAAUCUCCUGGAAAAAUGUUCCACAGUAUGGGACUGUUGACUUAAAAUUCCUGGCUUCUGGCUGAGGCUAACUGGGCCUUUGUAACAUUGGGGGGCGGGGGGACUAACAGCACUCCUCCAAAUAAUCUCAGUGACUGAGCUAAGAUAGAAGGGCCCAAGCAGUCUUUAAGGUAUUUUGGUCCUAAGUUCAAAUCCAAGUGAUGGUGACAUUUAUUGUAAUGGUAGAAUUUUAGAAAGGUGUGUCAGUUAAACAUUAUUGUCUGCUAUCAAAAAUGCUGAUUCAGAAUGUUAAGAUCAACCUUCCCCAUCCCCAUUCACAUUUAUGCAAAAUCAAUACUUAAGAAUAAUUUGCAGUAUAUACUUUAUGUAGAAUAUAUCUAGCCUCGUUAGCUUACCCAUCUUAGGUAUGAUUAUUAUUUUUUCAGAAGCUUUUUGGGUAAGCAGGAACUGUAUAGUGAUAUUUAUGUUAAAAUCUUACUCACCUCAGCUCUCUUCUGGGAAAGUAGUUGAAUUACCGGUAUAUUCUGAGUAAAAUUAAGUCUGCACUGUUACUCCAUGUCUCUUGAUUAUUUUUCCUAAUUGGAACAAAAGAUACAGUCACAUCCUGAAAUGAAUGAAUGCAUUUCAUUGGUUUCUGGAGGGCAAGGGGAAAGGGCUUGAUGGCUGCAUUAGUAGUGGCUGAAUUUGUGAAGCCAUAAAAUAAGACAUUAUCAAGAAGAAAAGGGAAGCACUGGCACAUUCUGUUUUAUAUCAACUUAUCUGAAUGCUGCUGCUCUAGGAUUUCUGUGGCAUAGGACUCAUGGAAAACAGAUUUAUUUAUUUUUAUUCAACUAGGGAAACUGUUGGGCAAAUUAUGGCAGCAGCGCACAUAGAACUCCUGUGAGAAAUGUAAACCUUUUGUGAAGUUCCAUUUCUGUUUAUAGAAAAACUCGUGUCUAAGGUUUUCUAGAGGAAACAAAUGUUAUCUUCUCAUGGGGAAAGCUUAAGAAUAUUGCUUUCACAAACAAGAUAGUGUAAUAUCUAAUAUCUUACAUCUUACACCCUUCUCCUUUUUUAUUCUUGUCAUUAAACAUUAAACUGUUUUCUCAUAUAUAUAUAUAUCUCAAUUUGCACUGUAUCUCUUUUCACAGUUUGAAGUGCUUCUUUGUGUACAAGAUCAUGAUGAUCCUGCCAUUGAUGUGUGUAAAAAGCUCCUUGGCAAAUAUCCCAAUGUUGAUGCGAGGCUAUUUAUAGGUGAGUGAGGAAAGUGUUCUGUCAUGCUGUUGCCUUUGUAUAGAUUGGACCAGUUGGCACAGAACCCAAAAUAUUUUUUAAAAAGGCUUAAUAUGUUAAUAUGCAAGUACUGUUGGUCAAGAAAUAUGUAAAGCAUUCUUGCUGCAGAGUUGAAGAUCAGUAAAUCAAAUUCAAACAGCGCUGAAAAUAACUUUUCUGUGCAGGUGACUCCUUCCAUAUAAAUCUAGAAUUAAAAGAUUCCUACCAUUUCGAAAUGUAUCUCUGUCAUACACUGUUCCAAAUGGAAAUAGCUUGAAUGCCCUAUUUAUCCACCCAUUCUUGUAUGUGUAUACUGUCCUUCCUUCAAUAUAUCCCAGGACAUUUCACAGUGAGAUUUAACAAUAAAGUACAAUUAUAUAAUUAAAAUAGUACAAAACAAUUUUUAAGAAAAAUUGAGUUUUCAGGAAAGCAUCCAUGUAGCAGUAACAAUUCUGGAUCUCCGUUGACAAUGGCUGCUUUCUUUACAUUUUAAAUUUUCUUUAAGUUUUGUAUCAGCAAGUUCUCUGUUGUAAAGGGAAAGGGAGGGAACCUGAUCUGCAGUUUCUCUUCUCUAACCACUCCUUUUGUAAAAUGUCUUGCAAGUAUAUGUGGAAAUCAGCUGUGGAAAUGCAGCAAAGGUGUUUGCAAACAUGUUUGCUAUAAAGGAUGAUAUUAUUCUCAGCUUUCCAACAAAAUACACCUAGUGGCAAAAUAGAGAAGUUGACCGUGCCCCUUAUUGCUUAUUGUCGUAUCAGCUGAGCUGUUUAGUAAAUAGAAGAUGAUGGGCUUGAUUUGUACAGCAGCACCAUUUAAGAGAUGUGGAUGCACUUAGCAAGAUGCUAUCUUAUCUUAUGUCUCUGUGCUGCUUGCUGCAGGCAUCCAUAGACGUCUGCAGAUUAUGCAGAAACAUCCUAGAGCUCUAUCACUGAUUCCCAAUCCCAGUCUUACUCAAUCCAUCUUUACGAUGAUGUUAGGAAUCGGCCGACUAUUGUCUCCUCAGCUAGAUCAAAAUGUAACAUUAAGGUUGAGAACCUGGUCAGAUAGCAGAGCACCUUAACGUUGAGCUGAGAAGUAUCCUUUCAUCUCCAUUUUUGUUUGCAGAGUAGUAUCACUGGUGCAACUGGGGAAUUUUAAACCAGGACUUAAUGGCUUUGUUGGGUGGUGGUGGUUUAGAUAGCUCCACAUAUUAAUUAGUUUGCUUGUGAAGCACAAUUUUAACAUUUCUGUUCUCACCCUGUCCCCCACAUCAUAUAUUAGAGGAAAGAGAGAAAUGUAAAACAGUUUGCUAACCCUGUAAAAAGAAAGAAAAAGUUUCACAUUUUAAAUCAUAGCACCAUCUUGAUUACAGAAUAAUAAUAAUAAUAAUACCCCUCCCAUCUGGGCGGCUCCCAACAGAAUUAAAAGCCCAAUAAACCAUCAAACAUGUAAAACUUUCCUAAACAGGGCUGCCUUCAGAUGUCUUCUAAAAGUCAGAUACUUGUUUAUUUCCUUGACAUCUGAUAGGAGGGCAUUCCACAGGGCAGGCGCCACUACCGAGAAGGCCCUUUGCUUGAUUUCCUGGAACUUGCUCCUGAUGCCCUGAUGCCAGUGCUUUUUUUUCUGGGGGGGGGAUGCAGGGGUACGCAUACCCCUAAACAUUUUUGUGAAACUAAGUUUGGCCUCAUUGAGAGGCAGUAGAAAAUGAGAGCACCUCUAAACAUUUAUUUUUAGAAAAAACGCCCUGCCUGGUGCUAAAUAUGCUUACCUGAGAAUAAGCACCAUUUUGUUGCAGAAAAGCGUGGUAUGUAUUAAAGCAAAAAGAAUGAAACGAGCACCUGUAAUUCUGUACAUAGUUGACCAGCUGCCUCUGACUAUGCAAGAACAAAAGGAUGCUGUAGUCCUGGUGGGCCCUAGUGUCAGCUGAGCUGCUGAUGCAGGAUCUGCUGAUGCAGGGCCUGUUUGCUGCUGUCCCCACAUGCCAAACUCCAGGUGGUAAUUUAGGAGGGCUCCCAACCUCAGCCGUAGUUUUCAGCCCUCACCUCACUACUGAGCAGUAUAUUCUGAAAACAUAUGCAUGAUUUGUGCAAAUAACUAAAAUUUUGUAUUUUUCAGGUGGGAAGAAGGUUGGAAUAAACCCAAAGAUCAACAAUUUAAUGCCAGCGUAUGAAGUUGCCAAGUAUGAUUUCAUAUGGAUCUGUGAUAGUGGUAUAAGAGGUAAGUGUGUACCAUCAGCAGUAGUAGGUUUUUAACAAAUGUUUCCUCAUUACGUGCUCUUAAAGAUAUUGCUGCUGUUUGAACACUAUCCACGUGCAUAGCACUUGACAGAGUAAAGUAAGACAGGUAAAAAAGACAGGAGAAUUUAGAAUUCAGAUUUCAGAGUAACUGGUCAAUAGUAGGGCAUAGACAGAAAGGGGAAGGGAAAAGCAAGAAUAGCGUGGCUCUAAUGUGAACAAGUGAAGUUGUGUUAAGAUUAGAGUAUUUUGUCUUUAGGGAUGCGGGUGGCACUGUGGUCUAAACCACAGAGCCUAGGGCUUGCCGAUCGGAAGGUCGGCAGUUCGAAUCCCCGCGACGGGGUGAGCUCCCGUUGUUUGGUCCCAGCUCCUGCCCACCUAGCAGUUCAAAAGCAUGUCAAGUACAAGUAGAUAAAUAGUACCGCUCUGGCAGGAAGGUAAACGGCGUUUCCGUGCACUGCUCUGGUUCGCCAGAAGAGUCGUCCGCAACUGGUAUUAUAAGGAAUGGCAUGUAAAUGGAAAAUAAGUUCUCUCAAUUUACAGCAUGGAUUAGUUCUGCUGCCAGCUUUGCUUUAUGUAUUACACUUGGAUGAAGCUUGAGUAAUAAACCUGUAUUUUCUUGAAUCAGCAUUAGAGUAGAACAUCUUGCACCUUUUGCUUGCUGUAUCUAGUGUAGCGGGUGCAUCUUGUGAAAUGUUUUUUAUGGCCCAGUGUUUUGCUGUAGCUACUGGGAUACUGAAAUCCACCUCAGAAAUAAACAGCAAGCUUCCUCCUUUCUUACUAUUGCUGUUUCAAUCAAGAUCUCAUUAUGGUAGGUGUCAGCAGGCUGGCCAGAGCUUUGGAAGACACAUUACUUAACCAACUAUCUGACAAAGUCUUCUAGAUCCAACACUUCCAGGCCUGAGCAACACUUUAAGCAGUUGAAUUUAAAUUUUAGAGUUUGCCUCUUACUCUUAAAAUUGAAGCGUCUGUAAUGGUUGUCUUUAUCUUCUACUGCAGUGGGGGACAGACCUCCAGCCCACAUGCCUCCUCACCUGCCCUGCACCUGAUGUCAUAUUGGAUUUGAGGUGUGGGCAGAUAGAGACAUGGAAACAUGGGCUAAAGCGGUGCUGAUCAGUGAUUGGCAGUGCUUACAAAAAGCAGAGCAGGGCUUUGUAAGUUCCACAGAUCAGUUCAUCAUCAGUGCUUGCCUUAAAGUCCAUUUGCAACUGUAAUUUGGAUUCAAACCAUGCCUGCAAACAGAGGAAAAUGUCUGUCUGCAGAUGCAGUUUGAAUCCAAACUGUGCCUGAGGAUGGACUUCAAAGAGGGCCUUUAAGUGUGCACUGUCAGUCAGCUGAUUGGUGCUGACAGCAUACCUGUGAAGCAGCAUGCUGUCAGCACUGAUCAGUAGUUGAUGCCAAGAGUGAUCCCUUUUGAAGCUGUUGCCUGACUUAUUAUGUCAGGUGAUUGACAGGUGGGUGGGGGCAGGUAAGGAUCCAGGUCCCAACCCUGAUUCUAGUAUUCCCCCCCACCCAGUGAUUUCAACCUAAUACUCAUAUUCAGAAUAUUGUCACCAACUAUAAACAAAGAGUAAAGGAUUUCUUGGAAUUAUCACUCUUUCCUGUUACUAUUUUGCAAACAAUAUGUAAUAAUCUACUGCUGUUUGAAAACUUGGAUAUUAUUGAGAAGACCAAUAUUUUACCAAACAUAUAAGGAUUGUAUCUAGUGGUGUUGCUCAAUGGAUGGUAAAUCUUCCAUCAGCAGAAUGGGAGGGAAGCCACUUUAAGCAAUUCCCUUCUCCCCUGAGCUCCCCACCCCCCAUAAAUCUUCUGCAGAGGGUUGGAUGCCCUUCAGAGCAAAUUUAGGGAUGGGGAGUAGCUGAAAAUGGCUUCCUUUACCAUUCUGUGACACAAUUGGGAUGUAAAUCCAUAAACUUUUAAAAACAUUAAUCCAUGGAUGUAAACCACAGUCACAUUUCAUUUUUAGUAACGCCAGAUACACUAACUGAUAUGGCCAAUCAAAUGACUGAAAAAGUUGGACUGGUCCAUGGCCUGCCCUAUGUUGCAGAUAGACAGGGCUUUGCUGCCACUCUAGAACAGGUGAGUUUCUUUUUGUCCUCUUCAUUUCUUUCCAAAUUGUUCCACUCCUCCUAUUUUAUAUACUUAAUUUCCAUGCGUUAGUCACAUUUUCAAGCUCAAAAAGUACAGAAGAAGCACUGCUAUUUGAGUAGGAAAAAUGUGCAUGACUAAUAACAGGUUUUUGGUCUUUCACUUCUAUUGUAAUCCAAAUUCCAACAAAUUCCAGAUUACUUGUUAUCGUUGAAGAAUAAACACAUUGAAAUGUUUUAUUGCUUACAAUUCCAUAUAGAAAAAGGAUAGUAGCAGCAGCCCUUUCAUCUGGGCUUUCAAAUGACAUUUAAGUGAGAAAUCCAUUAGAAUUUGUCUUUUUUCUCUUGUCCACAUGUUGUUUGUUUUGUUCUUCUGCGCCCUGUAUUUUUGUGUAAGCAAUAUAUGGGGUGAGAGACCAUUAGUCUACACUCUUGAAUUCUGAUCUACUGGUAGUUAGUACAACAAAGCCUGUAACAUUUCCUUUAGGUGAAUUGUUAUAUUUGCGGACAUGACUGAGAUUUUGCUCAGGGGCAAAUAUACUAGACUUAAUUUAUGUGCAGUGGCAUGGAGCAGUAAAGGAACAAAAGUUUCUUUAGCGGCUGCUGGUCUAAUCACAGGGCAUUUGUGGCUUGCUUGAUUUGAUGUUUCAUUGCUUUUUGUGUUGCUGUUCUAACUUUUAUGUCUUAACACUUUUUGCCAUGGAAAGCCUGUUUCGGACCUGACACUUUAUGUCAAACAAUGUAUUGUUUAGUGUAAUUUCAGAUGAAUGUUACUAAGUGAAAAGAAACAUUUUGAGGCAUUUCUUUCCUUGUCUGCAUCCAGCUCUUAUCUGUCAUACCUCUUUUCCUCAUCUUAUCCCUUGUCAUCCUUCUCCAUUUUUUCUACUAGAAAACUCUUGUUAUAGAAAUUUUGCUCAGGCUACUGUAGCAGGUGCUACAGCUUCUAUCCUGUCUGAAUAAUGUUGACCUUCAUAGAUCUAUACCUGCCAUUUUAGCAUGUGAUAGAUCUUUGAUGCUCUAGCUUUAUGGAUCGUAGAAGGAAAUUUCCUGAGUAAGGAAAGUUGCAUUUGGGAUUCCUGCAGUGCUUGCAGCAGAUGUUACUAUAUAGCUAUAAAUGGUUGCAUAAGGGUAAGAUGUUUCUUUUCAGAGCAAAACUUUACAAACAGUUGCAGAAUUUCAAGAUGACUAAUUAUGCAUCUGUCUCUGCACUGAUUAGAAUUCAUAAUGAUUGGUAAGCAAAGAAUGCAAGUCUUAAAGAAAACUGCCAUGAUAGGAGAGAACCAUAGAUGAUUACUUAGCCUUGCCUUUUUCUUUUAACAGGUAUAUUUUGGCACUUCCCAUCCAAGGACAUAUAUUUCUGCCCAUGUAACUGGUUUCAAAUGUGUAACAGGAAUGUCUUGCUUGAUGAGAAAAGAUGUCUUGGACCAGGCUGGAGGACUCAUAGCUUUUGCACAGUACAUUGCUGAGGAUUACUUUAUGGCCAAAGCGAUAGCUGACAGGUAAGAUGAUAUUCAGAUAAAGUUCUCCUUGGAGUACAUUAUUUCAAGCUGACUGCAUGCUUUGCUUAAAUUUCUUUGCAUACGUAGUCAAGCCCAGCCAUAACCCACAGCCUUCAUGUUAUUGGUUCAUGCCUAUUGGAUUGUAUCCAUUCUCAAGAGUAGACCCAUUAAAAUGAAUAGCUGUGAUUAACUUGGCCAUUGAUUUCAGCAGGUCUACUGUUGAAUAUGAUUUAUUUGAAUACAACCCAGUGACUUCUGAAGCCUAAGUAGUACAAUGGAGCACAGUUACCAGUGUUAAAGGGAGUGAACGAGUAAUAAUUGACUCACAUCAAUAUAAUGCUAAACUGAUUAAACUAAUCUGUAAGCUAUUUAAAUAAAGAUUCUAUGUUCAGUGAAGCUAGUGAACCAUUCUUCUAAACCUAUUUAUAAGAAAGAGUUCACCCUCUGGCCAUCUGUCCUGGAUGCUUUAGCUGAGUUUCCUGCAUUGCAGGGGGUUGGACUAGACAACCCUUGGGUCUCUUCCAACUCUACGAUUCUAUAAUUCUAUGAACUUCUUGACUAGUGUAGCAAAUGGUCUGGUUGGUUCAUAUAAAAAUAAUUUAAACAUAUCAACAGUUUCAAAACCAGCAGCAAUUAAGACCUUCAAGACAAACAAGCAAACGCGUUUUUAAAGCCCAUUUAAACAGUUGUAUAGAAGAGGCCACAUAAUUUGGCAGGGAGGGAGUUCUGUAACCAAGGAACAAGAGCUGAAAAGACUUUCUCUCUUCUGCCUGCCAGCUUAAAUUGAUGUUGCUGUCAGCCCUAUAAUCGGAGCCUCCAAAGCUAAUAUUAACAUAUGGGCUAGUUUACAUAGGUGAAGGUACUCUUUCUUCUAACUUAGUUCAAAAUAUAUAGUCGUACCUUGGAUCCCAAACACUCUGGAACUUGGACGUUUUGGCUCCUGAAUGCUGCAAACCUGGAAGUGAUUGUUCUGGUUUGCUAAUGUUCUUUUGGAAACCAAACAUCCAACGGGGCUUCUGAUUGGCUGCAGGAGCUUCCUGCAGCCAAUCAGAAGCCGCACUUUGGUUUCUGAACGUUUUGGAAGUUGAAUGGACUUCUGGAAUGGAUUCUGUUUGAUUUCCACGGUAUGACUGUAUGUCUUUAAAGUAGAGGUGGGAAACCUCUGGCCUGUAGGCGUUAUUUGGCCCACCAGGCCAUGUGCAAAGUGCCCAUGUGAAAGGUGCUACAAUCAGAUGAUUGGUUUUGCAGAAUGCUUUGAAACUAGUUUCACAACAUUCAACAAUCAGCUGAAUAGCACAUCUUGAUAAAGCCUUCCACAAUGGAGUCUUGCAGAGCAUUUUGCUGGGUCUUGCGAAACCUACUGCAAUCAGCUAAUUAUUGGGUCUUGCGGAGACAAUUGCAAACUUGCAGAGUGCUUUGAAAAGCAGUUUGUGAGGCUGUGCAUUUACCAACACAGUUUGAUUUCAAAAUAGUCAGGUGACUGGCAAGUGAGUGGCUUCACCCACCUAUCAAGUUUGGCCCACAGGGUGGGGGAGGAGAAUCAUCUGGUUCCCUGGCCAAACCCAAUUCCAUCACCAGCGCUUUGAACUGAGCUCACCAGAAAACUCCUAGGUGUAUCUGCUUACAACUUUGCAGAUUAAAUCUGCUUUGGAGAGGCUGCUACACUUGCAAACUAUAUCUGCUUCUGUGAAAAGAAAAGUUAUAGCUGUUUUAUAAAUUCUCCAUUAUAGUGAAUGGGAAGGAGAACAAAUUCAUCUUUAACAGAUCUAAUUCUGUCCCAAAUAAUAAGUUGAAUUGAAAAGACAGAGAGUAACUGCAAAACAAAUUGGACAGCUUCCCCAAACUAGAGAUACAAGUAGAAUCUUCUGAUCUUUGCAUACCCCUAGUAGUAGAGUAAUAAGCUGCAUUCAGAAGCACUGUUAACAGCUGUAAUAAACAUUUAAGAGACGUAUUCAGUAAACGAAUUUAGUGUUUGUCCUUGACAAGUGUACAGAAGUAAAAUGGUCACAAGAACUGUUGCCUGUUAUCUAGGUUACAUUCUUGGUGUGCAUUCAUUUUCAGGGGCUGGAAAUUUGGAAUGGCCACACAAGUUGCAAUGCAGAACUCUGGUUCCUAUUCAAUUUCCCAGUUUCAAUCCAGAAUGAUCAGGUAAAAAUUUGAACUUUUUAUUAUUUCGUUUUCUGGUAUCUUCAAUUGUAGAUCAUAGUUUUGAUCCAAUCUGCAACAGUGCUAAAUACCAGUUUACUAUUUCACACAAAGUUUUAUGCAGGAAUUAGCAUUAAAAGCAAUAUAGAACAAGAGAUUGUUUGAAACAUUAACGCAAAGUAAUUACAAACUGGGCCCUGCAGCAACUGUUGCAGCAUGGAGUGCUUCUCUUCGAGGUUGUAGCCCCUUCCUUGUCCCCGCCCCACAUUCCUGCUUCUCCUCCUAAACAAGGUAGCAUUCUGUGCUCCCUGAGCAAUCUCAGUCAUCGUUGAGUCAUCAUUUUUAAAAUCCAUUUUGGAUGUGUGUUUGUGUGGAAAGACUUGUGUCUGAUCUUGGCUAUGUUUAUUUAAUUCUUCCAUUGAUGCCCCUCCCAGCCACCCAGUUGUCACCCCACCAAAGAAACCACACACAUAAGAACUCUGCUGGUUCAGGUCAAAAGCCUGACAUAAUCCUUUUCUCACAGUGGUCCCCCAGAUGGCUAUGGGAAGGCCCACAAACAGGAUCUGAGUGCAACAGUGCUCUCUACACUUGUGAUUCCCAACAACUUGUAUUGGGGCAUGGGGCUAGUCUUUGAGAUUCCCCUCAGCUUUUUCCUGGCAGAUUUUUCAGUACUUGGGCAUAGGUCAGAGUUACCUUGAGUCUGUUAGUACUUUUCUAUUAUGUAUUAGUGGUGGUAUGGCUACAUGAGUAUGGGAAGGCUUGGUAUUGGCAUAUAAAUACGAUCAGUUUUCAAUUUCUGACUGCCAACCUGCUGGUUUUUCUACCUUUUCCAAUAUAGUGUGAUUAAAAUUGUAGCAGUCAUUAAACUAAUGAUAAAUCAAUUCAGUUUCAUUAAUGAGCCCUUGUUUAGUUUAUUUUGUAAACAAUUCUCAAGAAUUAGAACAGAGGAAAUCACUUAUUUCUUGAUGAGGUAACUCUGCCUUCUUCAACUAAGUGCAUUGAUAGAUGGUGGUGUCAUCUAUUCUAAAUAGUUUAUCCUGCCUGAUCUAUUACAAUGAUUAACAGAGUGGUAGUAACCUUGUUUUUGUUCCACACUCUUAAUACUGACAUUGUCAAAGUGACCAGUUUUCUUAGUUUACUAGAUCUUGGGUAAAUACAUUUGAUGUCUUGUUCAAAGGAACACAGGUGAAUAGUAAAGAGAACCUGCACAAGCAACGCUGACACAAAACCCCACACAUACAUUAAGUAAAAUAGAAACACCGCCACCCGACCCCACCCCCACUCACCAUUCCCCCCGCCUCUUUCCCCCUUUAUUUCCUAAUGUAACACUAAUGAAUCUAUCUUAAUCCAUUUUAACCUGAUUUGUAGAUAGUUAUGCUGUAUCAUAAUGACCAUUUCCUCUUUUACCACUGAUUAAGAGACAGUGCCAGUCCUUAUAUAGCCAGAAUGGUAUUUUCACUUGAAAAACGUGGAUAUAUACCUAUGCCAUCUUGCAAAAUGUCACUGUAUAGAAAUGAAUCAGGUUAAACCAGAGAGAGAGAAAUAAGUUAAAGGACACUCUUCUCAAUCCUCUUAUUUUUUCAAAAGACAUGAGGCUUUUCAAAGACAAAAUGGGGAAAGCAUCUGUUUUAUAAAUGUCUACCUUGAGAAAGUGUUUGGGUCAUGCAGCUACUUAGGAGUGAAACACAUCUUAAUCAAUAAUGAUGCUUUCACCCAUGAUACAUUAAGGGCUUCCCACUCAGCACGAGUGGGAUUCAACCUCUUCUGGAGGAGUCGCACUCUCUCUGAAAUAUCCAUCAUUGUCAUUAGAGGCUCAAGUAUCCUCAUUUUAGGCUAGUAUCCUGGCUUGAAGCCUAUUUAGGGAUGGAUACCUGUCACCAUGCAUGAUUUGGUAAUGGCUUGGAUUGCUGUAAUGUAUUAUAUGAAACUUCGGCUGGUGCAAAAUAUGGCAGUGAGCAUGUUACCUGUGAGCAGGCACGAUGAAUGCAACUCACUGGUCCUUUCUUUCCUGCGCUUGCUUCAGAUUCAUUUCUGGGCCUAGUUUAUGUGCCGGUUUGGACCUAUAAAGCCCUGCACUGUGUGGGAACUUAGUACUUCCUGUAUGUACCUACCUGUAGUGCAAAGACCCUUCUGUAUCCUCUCUCAAUCUGAAGCUCAGAGGAUGGACACAAAAAAGAAGGCAUUUUGAUGAUGGCCUUACAACUCUGAAAUGCUCUCUCUAGAGAAGUUUGGCUGGUACCCGCAUUAACGUCUUUUUGAUGCUGUGUUAAAUCCUGUGCUACUGUUGGUGGUUUUAGUGUACAUAGGUAUUUGAGAGCCGUUUUAUCUUUGUACUUUCUAUAUAGUAUUGUUUGCUGGCUUUAUUGUGCCAGUUUUACAUUCGGGUAUUUAUGUUGACUGUGCUUUUAUUAUAGUGGGUUUUUAUGCUCCUCCUGGAUAAAUUAUUUUAUGAGAAGUCUUCUAAAUAGAAUAAAUAAACUUGAAAGCAAGUCCCACUGAGUUCAGUGGGAAUUUUUCUCAAGAAAGUGUGUGCAUAAUUGCAGCCUAAGUCCUUUUUAACAGUUACUAAACCAAACAAAACUAGGGCAUUUGUCUCCUGUUGGUUCUUCAAUUAUUAUUCUCACUUCCUCCUAGGUAACAUUGGCAUUCAAAAAGACAAUGUUCAUUCUUUUUGAGUAGUUCUCCUUCCAUAUUGAUUCCUUUGUAUGCUCAAAGAGGUAGAAUUCCAGCUGUUUUUCCUUCACUUGUUUAGCAGUCUGUACCAGCAUUUUCCCUGGCUUGUCUCUACAUCCCAGAUAUUUUUUGUGUUGUGCAUGCCAAAUACUAGGUUAGCUAUUGCCUUCAGUCCCCAAACACAGAAAUGCAAUGGGGAAAUAAGGUGCAGGUGUUCUGCUGGCUGGUAAAAACCUAACUCCUCACGCAGACAUUUCCGGGCACUGAUCAUUUAUACCACUACUGAACUUUGGAUAUGUUUGUAUAUCGCUGCAUUGUGUUGAUUUUAUUUUGUUAACAACCUUGGUAUUUGCAAUGGAAACACAUUCUAUAAAUGAUCUUAAAUAAAAUAGCAUCUUGUUAAUAUAACUUGACAAGUAUUGUCAGGUUUAAAAUACAUUUCCCCCUUUUUAAUUAUAGAUGGGCCAAGCUACGGAUCAACAUGGUUCCAGCCACAAUAAUCUGUGAGCCGAUAUCGGAGUGCUUUGUUGCAAGCUUGAUAAUUGGAUGGGCAGUUCACCAUGUGUUCAGAUGGGAUAUAAUGGUGUUUUUUAUGUGUCACUGUUUGGCAUGGUUUAUAUUUGACUACAUUCAACUCAGGGGUGUCCAGGUAGGUUGUAUUGAUCAGAGCAUUAUAUUUAACAUGUGUACUGUUCUAAAUUAACUGAAAUGAUUGACGUAACUUUUAAAAAAUGUGUUAGAACUUUUUCAUCCUGGUUAGAAGACGUAUUGUAAAUAGCUGUGUAUAGAGGUAAUGAGAGCUGUAGUCUGACAUCACUUGGAGGAAACUGCACUGACAGCCUCUUAUGUAAUUAAUGCUUUCACUGAAUGAAUUGGCUGGCUGACCAAACGGUAUGCUCAUUAGACAGGCAAGAGUAUAUUUAAACUUCAAGAGUGAUAAAUUAAUUUGCUGGCAGGCCUCACUGAAAAAAUGUUGAAAGCAUAAUACCUGCUUCAACUAUGCCAAUACCCCUCUGGGAUGUUAGUUCUGACACAAUUUUGUGAAGCUUCAUGUCUUUUUCAGCUACUUUCUCUCUGCUUUAUAUAUUACUUGACUAGAAAACCUGCACAGGCACCUGUUGUCUUCAUCUUCAGCUAACAAUAGAAGGAUUAGCUGCUCUGAGUAGCCAUAGUCCUGCUACUUCUGAAUACAUGCAGAAGGUCCCAAAUCCAGGUUUUUUUUUAUCACCAAUUGAGAGGAAUCUCUGGUAGCAGGAUUGAAAGACUAGUAUUUAGCAUUUUGAAGACCUUCUCAACUCAGAGUGAACAGUUCUGAACUAGAAAAACCAAUAGUUUAUUCCUAAGGAGAAUCAGUAAGCAUCAAUUAUGAAAUGCAUGUAUGCCCUUGGAAAGAUUCCUUAUCAAAUUGAGUUUAGCCUGAUUUGCAUGUCAUGCUCAGUCAAACCAUAGCUUACUGCAAACAUGUCAGUGUGUGGGAUCUGGGAGAGAAGAUUGCGGCUGCUAUCCUCCGCUGCCGUUGUGUUGCUGUGCUGAUGCCGUUGUGUGUCAUCCAAAUUUAAGCUCAUGGUUUACUGUUCUCCAGAGUAACUAUGAUAUGUAGCCAAAAUUUAUCGUAUGGGUUACGACAUAUAGUUUGUCUGGCAGACAAGUUCAGACAGCAUAAUAAGCCAUGCCAUAACAGUGUGGCAGUAGAAUGGCCAGGGAAGACAGUGUGUCCAAUAUAGGAUGGGGGGGACGGACACCUGGCUUGCUAGUAGUAAAUGUGAAAAGAAUCUAGCAGGCUUAACAUGAGUCAACGGUAUAAUGCAGAAAAAAGCUACUGCUAUUCUAGGCUUCAUCAACAGAAGUCUAGUGUCUAGUGUGGUGUUAAGGGAAUUAAUAGUACCACUCUAUUUUCACUUGGUCAGACCACACCUGGAGCACUGUGUCCAAUUUUGGGCACCACAAUUUAAGAAGGAUAUUGACAAGCUGGAAUGUGUGCAGAGGAGGACAAGCAAGAUAAUCAAGGGUCUGGAAACCUUAUGAGAAAUGGUUGAGGGAGUUUGGUAUGUUUGGCCUGGGAAAGUGGAAUCUGAGAAGAGAGAUGAUAGCAUCUUCAGAUAUCUCAAGGGCUAUCACAUGGAAGAUGGAGCAAACUUGUUUUCUCCACCCUGGAGGCUAGGACCCGAUCCAAUUGAUUCCAGUUAAAAGAAAGGAGAUUCUGACUAAACAUCAGGAAGAACCUUCUCAUAGUAAUAGCUAUUUGACAGCAGAAUGGUCUCCUUCGGGAGGCGGUGGUCUCUGAUUUUUAAGCAGAGGUUGGAUGCCCAUCUGUCAUGGAUGCUUUUGUUGAGAUUCUUACAUUGCACUAGAUGACCCUCUGGGUCCCUUCCAACUCUACAGUUCUGUGAUUCUAUUAUUGUAGUCUCCUCUUCUAGAGCCCAUGUGUUCACACUGUGCCGUGGUUUGGCUUAGUGUGAUGCGUGAACUAGCCUAUGUUUCUCAAGUGUUAGCUUGGGUUUUGCAUGGAAUAGUGGCACCAUAGUGUUGCAGAGCUAAAGAGCAAUUGCUUAAGUUUUUCUAUGUUAAAGUAAUGUUAUUUUUGAUUAAGUUAUGCUCAUUAAAUAAUUAUUUAUUUUAGUUGUUGGCAUCAUCACUAAAUGUGAACAUCUGUUUUGUCUAUUCCCCAGGGCGGUGCUCUGUGUUUUUCAAAACUUGACUAUGCAGUGGCAUGGUUCAUCAGAGAGUCUAUGACGAUAUACAUUUUCCUAUCGGCCUUGUGGGAUCCUACUAUUAGCUGGAGGACAGGACGCUACAGAUUACGCUGUGGGGGCACAGCAGAGGAAAUUCUGGAUGUAUAGCCACAGCUUUGUGACUGUGUAUUUCGAGAAAAGAAAACGGAGAAAAAAAGAAAGUAUUAUAAAUUAUGUUUAUAUAAAAUGCUUUUAAAAAAUCUACCUUCAAUAGUUUUAUUACCUGUAUGUUUUCAUAUCUGUUCUUUAAUUUAUUUUGCAUGGCACUUGCAUCUGUGAAAAAGUACAUCUGUAGUCUUGGCCAAAUGGUAUCUUGUUUUUAUGUACAAAAUCAAAUCAAGAGAAUUGGUUUCAGGAUUCAUUUUUCUUGGGAAUGUUCUGCAGCAAGUUCUAAAGACAGUAUCCUUCAGUAUAGUAAAAGCUUUGUUAAUCAAAGGACAUAAUCCACUGGGAAUAAGUUCUACACUAGUCCCCUGGAAAUGAAAGGGAGUUGUGCAAGAGCGCAGCUAUGACUCUGUCCCCAAGGGCCUUCUGGCCACUGGAUUUUAUCCACUGAAAGGCUAGCAGCAUUUUUAUUUAAGUGCAGUUAGCUUUGGGAAGCACAAGUGGCGGGGCACAAGGAGAGAAGCCUUUUAGAUGAUCUAUGCCUACCUCUUGUAGUUGCUGCGGAGCAAGUAUAAAUAGGUAACUAGGCCUUACAAGUUGAAGCUGGAAAUUUGUAUCUAUGUGUGUGUAUGUAUUUAGAUAUAUAUAUGAAACAACUUUGGUCUCGCCGCAAUGAGCCAAAAGUGGACAGAGUUUGAUGUUGUGGGUGGGAUGAAUUAAUGGUUAGCUAUGCCUAGAGGGCAUUUUUUGGCCAACUCUAAUCGGUUCUGUCUUGAACCAUUUUAAAUCACUGUGCUGUAAUUAGCCAAGCUAAUCUCCUUCAUUCCCAUUUUGACUUUUUUAAAAGGGUGGGGUUUUUUUGUGUUUUUUGUGUGUGUGAGUGAACGUUUGAUAGUUAUGGGGAGAGGGGGAAUGCAUUUCAGAAACAUUUCACAUACGAGCUAUUUUCUUACACACUGUGUCUUCUUAAGAAUGUAAUUUCAUGAUGCAGGUAUUUAGUAUCUUUUUUUAAGUGGGCAUAGGUCUCUCUCUUACACUAGUCAUCCUUAAAUCUCUGAUUGCAAUAGAUACUUGUCAGUAUAUUAAAAUGCAAGAUGAGUUUGCUGUUACUGAUAUGGAAUGGUAAGCUUUAACUAUCAAACUAGGUCCGCUCUAGGCUUUUUUUCUUCCUUUAGUUAAUCUGGUCUCUCAGUUGGGUUUUUUAUAUUCAAGUUGUAACAACUGAAAAGACUAGGUUAUAAGCAAGUUGUAAAUGCAUGCUGUCUCUUACCCUGUUUCCUCCUGUUGGCUUGUUUUUCACUGUGGGGUAGCUGUUAAUGUGGUGAACUGGACUUGUUUAAAACAGACUCUGGUUGCAAAGCAAAAUGGAGAGGGGCACAACAUAAGCCUUUGUUUUCUUUUUAUAACCGUAUUUAUGUUGCUUUUUCCUCCAAAUGGGCAUGGCAUGCUGUCACCAUAAAAGUAUGUGUAUUCCAGUAUGGCAGCUUUAAAUCCUAAGUUUUGGUACUUCUGUGACAAAGAGCUUACUCUGUAGCAUAUUAGCAAUAACUCUGAGCAUUUAUAGAAGUACAUUUUUUCCAGUUUACUGAGCCAGUCCAUUUAAUUGUCCUGUACACACACCGUGUAAUAUAAUAAUGUGCGUGUGUGAACGCGCAUGUUUGUGUGUAGACAGAUCCUAUGAAACAUUCCCUAGACCAAAACCUUUCAUCCUGCAUUCUCUUUAUUUGCCUUAUGACAUUACAGAAUAUGUUUUGAAGGGCAUCUUAUUUCCACAAACAGAGGCUUUUUAAUGUGUGUUCCAUUAUUUACAUGUGAAUUGGGAAGAAAUUCCCGAGGAAGGCUGCACACAGCAAACUAGUCUGGUUAUGACCCACUCAAGUUGCGUUUUUGUCAUCUUCAUUGUUUUAUCACUGUUGUCUUGAUUAAUUUUGCUUAUAAUGUUUGUGUGGGGUUAUUUUGUGUGAAGUUUGGUUGAUGCCAUCCAUUAUACUGCUAAAGUGAAGCUUAGCUGGUCUAGCUUGAUGCUAAUCACCAUGUCAGCAGUGUAACAGAAAAACCAAAAAGGCCUGACAGACUUCAGUGUGUGUGUGUGCGUGUGUGUUGUCACUAUGAAGAAUUGUGUCAAAUAGGUGUGUGUGUGUGUAUAUGUGUGUUUGCAUUAGUGAAACCUUUAUAAUUAAAGGAAACUGAUGCUUCACUCAGAUGAACAACUUGAUUUCUUAUAUAAGAAAUCCGGGUUGAUUAUGAAAUGGAAAUACUUUGGAAAAUAUUGUAGUACGGCACUGUGACAGAACAGAGCAACGGUUCACAAUGGCUAAUUUAAACUGUCUGUCAACAUGUUAAGAAUACCAUGUUUAUUUAAAAUCAUUGUCUUGUUUUUUGUUUAAAAAUAAAUUUUGAAUACAAUCAAAUGUUUUGAGAAAGUAAAUCUAUUUAUCGCCUUUCUCUCUCUCCAUUACAUCCUUUUAAAUGCAUUUCAUAUACAACGUGUGUGUGACUGUUUCAUUAGAAGACCAAAAUCUAGUGUCUCCUCCCCCCCCCCCGCCAAUCUUGUAUCAUUUACAUUGUUCUGUAAAAUGCACUCCGGAUAAUUACAUUUUCUGAUAUCAAAUUAGGGUUUUUAAUAUCCAUUCACAAGGAGUUUGUCUCUAAAACUUCAAAGUUCCUUAGAAGCCCAACAAGCUGGAAACCUGUAAAUACGUCACUACAAGCGUCUUGCACUCUGGGAGUUUCACUGAAUACACUUGUUUCCCAUCUCAUCUGCAGAAUGGGUGGACCCCUGUAGCUUUGCUACAGAAACAUGAUUUAUUGUUCUUACACCAUGUUGUUCAGUAGUUUAGUCGUGUCCGACUCUUCGUGACCCCAUGGACCAGAGCACACCAGGCAGUCUUCCACUGCCUCCUGCAGUUUGGUCAAACUCAUGCUGGUAGCUUCGAGAACACUAUCCAACCAUCUCGUCCUCUGUCAUCCCCUUCUCCUUGUGCCCUCCAUCUUUCCCAACAUCAGGGUCUUUUCCAGGGAGUCUUCUCUUCUCAUGAGGUGGCCAAAGUAUUGGAGCCUCAGCUUCAGGAUCUGUCCUUCCAGUGAGCACUCAGGGCUGAUUUCCUUCAGAAUGGAUACGUUUGAUCAUCUUACACCAUACUAACACUUGAAUACCUUGUCUGGGAGAUGUAUUUCAAUUGGCACACCUUCAAUUAUUUAAUUUGAUUUGUUAUAUUUAAAUAUAUAUCUGCACUUAAUUGGGAUUCAUAGUGGAUAUUUUUCACGAUUGUACCUUUUUCAAUUGCUUGUGUGCGUUCGUGUGAGCUCCUGUUCUAAUUCUGUGCCCUUCCAUAGUUUGGCAUUUAUCUACGUUCUGAUUUAAGCAUCAGAUGAAAUGCUGUGGGGUUUUAUGUUGUUGCAUCUCAAGGAAGUAGCAGCAUAACUGAGGUUUCAAAGGAGCAAACAUGUAUUAUCUUUACAAGUCCAUGAUGCAGAGAUAAGGGCUGAAGAACAUAUGGUUAUCUUUAAAGGGGGGGGGGAUGGUUUGCGGAGGGUGCAAAACAUUCUACUAAGAUUUGCCACAAAGAGAAGAGUGUAAGCCUGCCGGCAGGGUCCUGUAGUUUUUAUUAAUUUUUGGUUGUACACAGCACCUAGAGGCCUGUUAGGUAAUUUCUAAAUAAAGUACGAUGACACCUUGCUUAAAGCCACUCAAUGACUGCUGUGGUUGAAUUGGUAUUUGAAUAUCCAGUCAUCUUCCUUUUAUGGAGCUAUGCUAGGGAGAAAGGUGACUGGGAAAGAUAUAAAAUGAACGACAGUUCACUAGCUUUUG